AUGCAAGUUUCAUGUGUAAAAUCCCGCCGUUUUGAAAUAUUUAGAUCGAAUGUUUUUACUCUGCGGCGUAGUAGAUAUUAUAAGUCUGCGAGUAGACUUACAUCACCGGUGUAUUUCGAUAUAUAUAUACAAGGUAAAAUAAGAAAAAAAGGGCCGUCUGUAGAUUUCAAAUUGAAUUGUGCAGUCGAGUGACUGCUGAGCAGAGCCGACAGUGAUCCACAACGUCAAUGAAGAGCGGCGGAAAUCAUUCCCCCCAGCCCAGCAAUCCCCAGGCUCAACUAUUCUACAGGCGAACCCAUCAUCUUCAUUACUAUCCAAUUUCAAUCUGAGAAGAAGAAAAAAAAAAAUUUUUAUUCAUGACGCCAUACCCGACAUUUUGUUUACCUUUUUCCAAUCGCCCUACUUUUUUUUAUUUUUUCGCCCCUCUACAUAUAAACCAACGCGCAAAAAAACAAAACAAAAUCGAAUCGGUGGUCACUUGUUUUAUAUGAUGGGCCGACAGAGCCGAAACGAAAAAAAAACACAGAAAAUUUAGGCCACAACAACACACAUUAUAUUUAAUGGUCGAAAUUGUUAUAGAUGACACAAAAAAAAAGGCCGCGCUCGUUGGUGAUCUUCAUAAAAAUCUUGUAGCGCUCAGCAGCGCUGGCGGUGUGUGUCUGCCGAGCGCCAAACUCGCCAUCGUCCAUCGUCGCAGAGGUGCAAUAAAAUUUUAUACUAUGGCGAAAGAGACUAUGGCGUUAGUUUCGCGAUGGCGGCUUCCCUUUUUGAACUGAAGACGGCGAAUACAUAGGGGGGCGCGCGCAAACCUUGCGAAAUGGGUGGGAGGGCUAUAAUAAUGUUUAUGCGUGUGGCGAAAUCGACUCGGAUUUUUAAGACCCCCAAAAAGGCAAAACACCGACAUUUGUGUGUGUGUGUGUGUGUGCAGAGUUGCACUUUGCAUCACCUCAAAGUGUGCGGACAUGUUUGACAUUGAAACAUUUUUAUUUUUGGGAGAAGGGGGGAAGGGAAUGAAGAUGCCACCAUUUUAUUUUUAUUUUUAAAAAAAUGUGACGCAAUUUUAUUCCAUCCGGUUUUCUAUAUGGUUGAAUGUGAUUCUGUUAUUGCCCACCUUGUAAUGAAAUUUUUAUUUUAUCAAUUUUUUUUAUUUUUUGUCACACAGGACGUCCAUUUUAUUUUUUAUUCUAUAGGGGCGCCAGCAGGAAAUGGGAAAGAAUAUAAAAAUCAGCGUCGUAUACUAUACAGUACACACACACAAUAUCUGUACAGCACCACCGCCACCACCGCAAUAUAAAGUUUGGCCUACUUUAACAGGCUGUGGCGUCAUCAUUCGGCAUAUGUUCAUCCCUAAGGGAAGGGGGGGAGCCAGCAACCCUCCGGUGAGCCGGAGGGUGGACCAACUUGUGCCACACCACCCCGGGUUGGAUGUUACAAAAGGAGCCAUCCACCCGUUGAUUGGCGUUCAGUUGCACAAGUGAAGCGAUCGAAGAGAGACCUCUCUGCACGAUUCUCUCUCUCUCUCAGUCUGUUUUUUUAGUUUGAUUUAUUUAAAUAUUAUUAUUUGGGGGCUGGGGAAAUUUUGAAAUUGUUUAAGUGAUCAGAGAAAUGGGUGGAAGUCCGCAACAGCAGUACUGCCUCCGCUGGAAUCAGCACCGUUCGAAUUUGUUGGGAGCUUUUGAUCAUUUACUGCAGACGGAAGCGCUGACGGAUGUGACGCUGUCGUGCGGAGGUGCUUCCAUCAAGUGUCACCGGAUCAUUUUGGCCGCCUGCUCCGGCUACUUCCAGUCGCUCUUCGUCAACGACAAUCUGUACCUGGGCUCGCCGCAGCAGCAUCCCAUCGUCGUCUUCAAAGACAUCCAGCUGGCGGAAUUGAAGGCCAUUCUCGAGUUCAUCUACCGGGGAGAGGUGAGCGUCGCUCAGGAGCAGGUCGGCGCUCUCCUCAAGGCCGCCGAAUCGCUCAAAGUCAAGGGACUCUACUCCGAGGACAGCGCCGGAAGUCCGGCCGGAUUGUCCGGUCUCAGCUUCGAGCCCACCUCCGGUCACACAGCCAAUUCCGGAUUCCUUCCGCAAAUUCACACUUUGGCGUCGGUGGCAGCGGCGGCCUCACAUAUUCUUCCGGCUCCUCCGGUUGUCCAGCAGCAGCCUCAGCCGGUCGUUCAACACCUUCCGGCCAGCCUACUCCAGAUGCCCCUCUUUAAACGUUCACCUGCCAAAACUCCCGAGAGGACCAAUAGCAGUUUAGAUAAGGAAAGAGAUGGAUCGUCCAGUUCAGAAACCAAUCCGCCUGAAGAUGACCGUGAAGAGCCCAUGGUGACUGAUCGAAUCAAAUCCAACCAUUCUCCCGUCUUCAAUCACGUCAAAGAUUUGGCGCAAAGUUCUUCGCUGUCCGAGUAUCACGUCAAUAACGGCAAAAGCAAUAAUGGCAACCGGCCGGAAUUGAAGCGCUACCGACAGUACACUCGUCACGAUAUCGCUGCCGCCAUCGAGGCCGUCCGUAGCGGGCAGAGUGCCUUGCAGGCAUCGCGACUCUACGGCGUUCCCUCCCGCACUCUUUACGAUAAGGUGAAGAAAUUGGGAAUCGUGACUGGCCGCCCUUACCGCCAAUCCAUCGCCGUUGCCGUUUCUUUAGCUCAAGGCGGAAAUCUCUCGUCCACCGGAUCUCCCGGAUCGCGGAUCAACGGCGGAGGCAACGACGACGACGACUCGAUGGAUGUCGUCCAUCCGCACCACAACUUGCACCACCACCACAACGGCCACUUCCACCGCCGUCCCAACACUCUGGAAGAGUUGAGCCUUUACUUUGCCGCUUCUCCGGCGGCGGCAGCGGCCGCCGCCGCCGAGCUGGCCCUCAGCCAGCACGUCCUGGCCGCCCAAACGGCCCGCGGUGUCGUCCCCCAGCAACCGCCGUCGACAACGGACGACGACGACAGCGGAACGGGAGGCUUCCAUCCGGCGCCGAUCGAUUUGUCGCAAAACUACGAGCGGAUGAUGCGCAACCCAUCCGUCGGCGGCGGCGAUGUCGACCAUCAGCCGCCGACGGUCUCGGUCCGAGACGUGGUCGCGGUAGACACGUCCAAUAAAACCAGCGAAUUGCUGCUGGUCGACAAAAGCGCUUGAAACGCCAUCUCUCGGUGCUCCCAAUUGCACUUCAACAAAUGUCUCACACGUGUAUACGAAAAUAAUAAUAAUAAUAAUUUAAAGUCAGGACAAACUUGUGUGAAAGAUUUUUAAUAACUCGGAUAAACAUUUUUGUGUGAGCCGAUAUACAGUAAAAAAAAAAUGAAAUGAAAUGUCGUAAAUAAUUUUUGUUUUUGACUCUCAGGAGACAUGAUUUUGAUGAUGUGAAUUGACAAUGUUUUUGCGUGUGAUUUUAUUAAUUAUUUUGUAUGAUCCAUGUUGCGAGGUGCUGCGUACCUGCAUAUUAAUACCAUGUCGACGUAACUACUACCUCUCACGAACUCUCGAUAUUGAUGCUGUUCGCUCAACACAAUUUUUAACGUAUACGAAUGAGUUCUUCCGCAGAAUUAGUCACGAUUCAAGAGUUGCAGAUCUGUUUCUGUAUCAAAUUAUAUUUGCCCCAUUUUCUUAUUAUUUUUCAACCUUUUUCUCAAUUUUUGUAAUUUUUCUUUUUUUGGCUGUUCCUCCUGAUGCCAAUACAUGUUAAUAUGCUCAUAA